UGUCUUUCGUUUGCCUUUUCUCAAGCAAGCGGUUUGUUAUUUGGACACUUAAACAAAUUAAAAUUUAUUUUCAAAACGUCUUAUUUUGGCCGAAUUAAACUGCAUUCGUUGAUCAUGAGUGCUGGCAAACAUUUAACCAAAGGUUCUCCCAAGCCUGCCCUGCCGGAUGAUGGCGUCCCUCGUCUCUAUUCCAUGCGCUUCUGUCCUUAUGCGGCUCGGGCUCAUCUCGCUCUUAAUGCCAAGAAGUUGCCACAUCAUACCAUAAAUGUGAAUCUGAAGGAGAAACCCGAAUGGCUGGUGGAGGUGAGUCCUUUACUCAAGGUGCCUGCCCUGCAUUUGGUGGCCGAGAAGGAUCAGCCAUCUCUCAUCGAGUCGCUGAUCAUUGUCGAGUAUCUGGAUGAGAAGUAUCCAGAGAAUCCUCUGCUGCCCAAGGAUCCUCUGCAGCGUGCCCAGGAUAAGAUACUCGUGGAGCGUUUCAAUGGAGUAUUCAGUGCCUUCUGGAACGUUGUUCUUGAAGGUAAGAAUCCUGAUGAUCUUUGGCCUGCUGUCGAUAUAUUCGAGACGGAGCUGGCCAAGAGAGGCACGCCCUACUUUGGUGGUGAUAAGCCAGGUUACGUGGACUACAUGAUUUGGCCACUGUUCGAGCGUUUUAGCGUGCUCCAGUUCACGAUGAAGGAGGAAUACAACUCGAAUCUGCAGCGUUGGGUCAAGAUCAGCGCCUGGAUUGAUCUUAUGACCAAGAACGAGGUGGUGCAAUCCCACUUUGCCACACCAGAACAACAUUGGGAGUAUUUCCGCACCCGAAGCACCAAUCCCAACUAUGAUAUGUUGGCUUGAUUUACAGUUCUCUCGAAUUAUGAUUUAGAUAUUGUUUAUCUGAUCUAUAUAUGUAAUAAUGUAUUUGAUAUACAAUGCAAUAAAGUAUCACUUGAUUUUAGAUUGAA